AGGACAACCUUACACUGAGAAAGAGUGGGGGACCUUUUUGUCUUGUAAUAUGGUGUCUCCAAGGACCGUGGGAGAAGGCCUGCCGGAUGUGCAGGGACGAGGACAAGUUGGGUGGAAGUCGCCAGCAGUGGGCGAAGCAGGCGGAUGUGAAACGUCGACUGUUUACUCUCUUCCACAGAUGGGAGCCGAGCCAGCAGCAUUUCGUGUGUGUGGCAGUAGCGGCUCCGGGCCGUCUGUUCCGCUGGGCCGGAAGGCGGCAGCUUUUCCUUUCACUUUCGCUUCCCGAGAUGGAGGGCUGGGCCUUGCGGGACAGCCGUCACCCUCUUGUCGCCCCGGCGCCGCAGGUAAUGGAACCUGGAUCAGGUACUGGACUGCCAGAUGAAAAUGUAACAUGUGGAGUUUGUCAUAACCAAUUGAGGAAACCAAAGCUACUUCCGUGUCUGCACAGUGCUUGCCUGGAAUGCCUGCAGAACGUGUGGGCAGAGCAGAACUUCACCGGCUGCCCCAUCUGCAGUGCACCCUCAGACACGGAUGUCUCCAAAAUACAAGACAACACGUUCUUGACCUAUCUGGUGAACACCCUGCAGCUGUGGCAGAGGAUUGGGUCUGGGCUCAACAUCUGGUGCAGUAUCUGCCUGGCACAGAGCAAUGAGGAGUCUGCCACUUCUCUCUGCUUCGAGUGUGAUCAGUUCCUGUGUCUGAGGUGCUGCAAAAGCCACCAGCUUUUGACUAAGAAGUAUGGACAUUUGGUGAUGCCCUUUAAUGAGCUGAAGGAGCUCAGCUAUGAGGAGUUUGCGAACAUUGGAAAGAACAAGAAGCAGACCAUUUGUCCAGAACACAAGGAGCAACAGAUCAGUUUUUUCUGCAAGACAUGUUCCAUGGGCGUCUGUUGCCACUGCCUCUUGCUUCAUCACACUCCCAAAGGUCAUAGUUACCACAGCAUGAAGGAGCAGGUAAUGUUGGAGAAGGAAGUCUUGAAACAAAUGGUGUACACAACACAGGAAAGUUACAAUAGAUUUACUGACAGCUAUUCAGAAGUAAUGUCCCUGAAGGAAAGAGCGGACUUAAUGAGAAAUGAAAUUGAAUCUUCAAUCAAGCAACGGGCCAUUGCCGUCGCACAAGAAAUUGUGAGUGAAGGAGACGUGUUGCUGCAGGAGCUGGAGGCUGAGCACGUGCUGCAGCAGAGCAGGCUGGCCAAUGCCCUGUCUCAAACUCAUCAGAUUAUUGAAAGGAUGGGAGCCGGGCACAGGCUGGCAAACGUUAUGCUGAGGUUUGGCAUCAAUGAGGAGUUGAUAGAGAUGUUCCAGCCAAUCACAUCAGUCCUUGUGGCUCUGAAGGAGGCAAGGCCCUUAAACUUGAGCACUGAAGUCCCUUCCUUGGAAUUUGAGGAAUGCUGCUUGGAGACGGAGAAUCUGCUUGGGACUUUCAAUUUCAAAAGAGAGCAGGGAGAGGGAGUGGACGGCUCAGAAACCAAGGGGGCUCUGCAGAAUGGUUCAAACGAACUACAAGCCGAAGAUUCUUUUUCAGUGGAAGAGGAAAGUACAUCAGAUGGCAUGCAACAGCACUGGCACAGUGAGCACAACUACAGUCUGAGGGCCGGAGUGCCGGAGUCAUCCUCACCAAGCAGUACAGAGGAGAUCACCCUCAAUGCUGAAUCCCAGCAACCUCCUGCAGAGUUGGUAAUAACAUUAUCAUCUGAUGACAGUGUGGAUACUGAUGGCUCCCUCAUGGUCAUGGAAUACUCUGAGACUUUGCCAGCACAUCCUCAGGCUUCCAAAACUCCGAACAACCACGGAGCAAAUGAGGGUAGUGGUCAGAUCAAUGGGGAUUGGUACCAGGAGGGGCCGUCAGCUAUGGGACAGAGCCUAGAACUGCGAGGCCAUCCACUGGUGUUCUUCAAGAUCCAAACCACGUGCAUGGGAGGUGAUGACAUGGUACAGCUCUCGGCAGUGAGUGGUGAGAAGACCUUUAACGAGUAUAUCCUGCCCAGAAAGCCCAUGUUGGUCGGCAUACCCACUGACAGUGGGUUUCAGAUGGUGAACGGUGUUCUGUACCAGCGUGGGGAAGCGAAGCCAGCCUGCAGCCUCCAGGAUGCCAUGGCGUCUUUCCUCCGCUUUCUCCAGCAGCUGGAUCUGCCGCUGCUGGUUGGUCACCGCAUCUGGACCCACGACUGUCAGAUUCUUUGUGAAGCUUGGGAAGAGCUGCGCAUGAAAGAUUGCUUUGCCAAGCAUAUGUCAGGAUUCCUGGAUACUCUUUGGUUGGCCAAGAAAGUUCUCCCCAAGUCGGAGGUUAGUAGUUUCAGACUGACGCAUUUAAUGGAGGUCUUGGUUGGUAAACAGGUUGUUCCCGAUGUGCAGGCCCUGCAGAAGCUGUACUCGGCUCUGAACCCAACUCUGCAUCUGGCAGAAGACAGUCAGUUUACUCUCUACCAGCUGGAGUGCCGCAGAUCCCUGCAGCCACUUGUCAACCAGGAAGUUGUUUCCCAGCUGAUUGCGGAUAAACUUGCCUUCGAAGAAAUCAGUCUGAAUAUCUUGGAGUUAGCCUACCAGAGUGACCAGAAGUCGGGCCUGAAUAACUUAUUUCGAGGCUGCCGGAAUUUAGGAUUACCAAGGAUCCGGAAGAUCACCAAGGCUAUUGGCUCCUUCUUACUGCACCAGAAGCACAGGAGAGGCCAAGUGUAAGUCAGACACCAGUGAGCCAGUGACUAGGCAAGUGCAGCAUGUGCUACAGAGUAUUUGGUAUGCAGGGGCUAUUCUGACCAUCAUUUGUGACGCCCAUCAUUUAUUGAAUGAAAAAGUGUAAGGUACAAGAUGUAGCGGCAAAUUGCAAGGAAGUGCAGAGAUGAUGGAGUGACAGAUCCCUCUGAGUAAUCAUCAGGAUGAAUAGUUCUUUAAUCAACCAGAGUUAAAGAUCACAGUGUAUCAGUUGAAGUAAAAAGUAUCAAAAAGUGCAGAGUCUGAUAUUUUUGUGGUUCUUAGAGAUACAAUAAACUGUUAAGGAAUUUAAAGCUGUUCUCCUUUGUGCAGUGUUACCUCACCUAGAUGGAUUCAAAUCAAAUUUGGGAACUCUUGUAUCAAAGGGGAGGGUUGGUUGCCUGCCUACAAGCCAUUCCCUGAGACUAUUGCAUGGAAGCAAUGUUCAAUACAGUUCACCUUUGGACCCCAUUGACUCACUGCUAUAUUGGACUUUGUUAAAAGCCUUGUUAAAAUCCAGGUUAACCCAAUCAAGCACAAAAUCCUCACCCACACUCUUUAUUACCCUAAAGGAGUCAACAGUUAAUUGAACAUAGAACCAUAGGACAUUACACCAUACAACAUGAGCUUCGUCCCUGAACAAAUCUGCCAUCCUUUCAAAGUAAAUUUAUUAUCAAUUUGCAUCGAUAUCACCAUCAUACAACCUUGCGAUUCAUUUUCUUGUGGGCAUACUUACUAGCCAUAACAAAAUCAAUGAAAGACCACGCCAACUUGGAUGCUCAACCAGUGUGCAAAUACAUACAUAUAUACUUAAGCAAUAUAUAUUAAGAACAUGAGAUGAAGAGUCAUUGAAAGUGAGCCAAUAAGUUGUGGGAACAGUUCAGAGAUGGGGUGAGUGAAGUUAUCCUCACUGGUCAACAGCCUGAUGGUUGAUGGGUAAUAACUGUUCCUGAACCUGGUGGUGUGGAUUCUGAGGUGCCUGUACCUCCUUCCUGAUGGCAACAGCCUGAAGGCUGAGGUGUAAUAACUGUUCCUGAACCUGGUGGUCUGGGUCCUUCCUGAUGGCAACAGAGGACCAAUGCUGCUUUCCUGCAACAGCGCUCCAUUUUGAUGUGCUCAUUGGUGACGAGGGCUUUACCUGUGAUGGACUGGUAUGUGUCUGCCACAUUUUGUAGGAUUUUCCAUUAAAGGGCAUUGGUGCUCCAUAUCAGGCAAUAUACAGUCAAUAUACAUUCUGUGGAAUGUUGACAAAGUUUUAGAUAACUUGCUGAAUCUUUGCAAACUUCUAAGAAAGUAGAAGCACUACCAUGCUUUGUUUUGUAAUGGCCCCUAUGUGCUGACCCUCUGAAAUGAGAACACUGAGGAAGUUAAAGUUGCUCACCCUCUAUAUGGUUGAUCUCCCGUUGAGGACUGGCUUAUGGGCCUCUUGUUUCCUCCUCCUCAAGUCAAUAAUCAGCUCCUUGGUCUUGCUGGCAUUGAGUGAGAUGUUGUUGUUGUGGCACCACUCAGCCAGAUUUUCAAUUUCCCUUUGAUAGUGGUAUCAUAAGCAAACUUCAUUAGAGUUGUGCUUAGCCUUUCAGUCAUAAGUCUAAAGUGAGUAGACUGGGGACUGCAAGUGAGGAAAUCGAGGACCCAGUUGCACAAGGAGGUAUUGAGUCUCAGGUCUUGAAUAUCAAACUAAUCAAUAAAGAGCAUCCUGAUGUCCAGUUGUUCCAGGGUUCAGUGAAGUGGCAUCUGCUGUUGACCUGUUGUGAUGCUUGGCAAAUCAGAGUGGAUCCAAAUUGCUUCUCAAAGCACUUCAUCACAGUGGAUGUAAGUGCCACUGGACAGUAAUCAUUGAGGCAGGUUACUACGUUGUUCUUGGGCACUAUUAUAAUUGAAGCAGGGGGACUGCUGAAGCGAAAGGUUGAAGUUAUCAGUGAACACUCCAUAUAGCCAGUCUGGGCCGGAUUCUUUUUGUGGAUUUACCUCCUGAAGCAUGUUCUUACUCAGAGAAGUGCCACAAUAACAACCUCUCACUCAAUGUCAGCAAGACAAAGGAGUUAGAAGCAUGGAAAACCUACAGCACAAUACAGGUUCUUCGGUACAAAGCUGUGCCGAACCUUAGAAAUGACCAGGGUUACCCAUCACCCUCUAUUUUUCUAAGCUCCAUGUACCUAUCCAAAAGUCUCUUAAAAGACCCUAUCAUAUCCACCUCCACCACCGUUGCCAGCAGCCCAUUCCACACACUCACCGCUCUCUGUGUAAAAAAACUUCACCCUGACAUCUCCUCUGUACCUACUCCCCAGCACCUUAAACCUGUGUCCUCUCAUGUUGAUUAUUGAUUUCAUGAGUAGGAAACUGGAGGUUCAUGAUCCAGUCCUAAUCAAGGGUUCAGAGUUGGAAAGAGUCAGCAACUUUAAGUGUUAACAUUUCAGAGGAUCUGUCCUGAAUCCAGCAUGUAAUGGUGGAUGCAUGGUGGAAAGUAUAUUGACUGAAUGCAUCAUGGCCUGUAUGAAAACACUAAUGCACUUGUACUGAACAUACCUGGACCUCUUGUAUUUUCCUUGGUUUCUAGACCCAAAUGCCACUGAUGUAGCAGCCCUCUCUUGGUUCAUCCAGGGCUUCUGGAAGACACUGGAUUAUUUUUUAGGUCCAUACUCAUCCAUGAGUAUCUUAAAGUCUGUGACAACUAUGGUGCUUUAAUCAGGUCCUCUGAUUCUGUGAACAUGGCCCAUUCCACAAACUUGAAGCAAUCUUGUGCCUCCUCUGACCACCUCAUAGUUGUCCUCACCUCUGUUCCCUUAAGUUGCAGCCAGAACAGUGGAUGUGGUGUUUAUAUUGAUUUCAGCAAGACACUUGACAAGUUCCCUACCGCAGUCUCAUUCAGAAAGUCAAUAGGCAUGGAAACUUCACAGUGUGGAUUCAGAAUUGACUUGUUCACAGAAUGAAGAAGGUGGCUGCAGAGGAAAUGUAUUUUUCCUGGAGGAUGACCAGUGGUGUUCCACUGUUCUGGGACCCCUGCUCUGUGAUUUAUUUUAUAAACGACUUUGAUGAGGAAGUAGAAGGGUGACUUAAUACGCUUGCAGGUGACACAAAGGUUGGUGGUGGUGUGGACAGUGUAGAAGGUUGUGAAAGGUUACAGCAGGACAUUGAUAGGUUGAGAAGUGGCAGAUGGAGUUUAAUCCAUAAAAGUUUCACUUUGGAAGAUCAAACUUGAGGGUGGUAUGCUGGGUUAAUGUCAGGAUUCCUAACGGUAUUUAGGAAUAGAGGGAUGUUGGAGUUCACAUCCCUAGAUCCCCCAAAGUUGCAGUGCAAGUUGACAGGGUGGUUAAGAAGGUGUAUGGUGUGUUGGGAUUGAGUUCAAGAGCUGUGAGGUAACAUUACAACUCUAUAAAAGACUAGGUGGACCACAUAUUGUGUUCAUUUCUGGUUGCUUCAUUAUAGGAACGAUGUGGAAGCUUUAGAAAGGGUGCAGAGGAUGUUGCUUAGAUUAGAGAGAAUGACAGGUUGAGCAAGCUGGGGCUUUUCUCUUUGGACCAAAGGAGGAAGAGAGAUGACUUGGUAGAAGUGUACAAAAUGAUAUGAGGCAUAGAUAGAGUGGAUAGCUAGAGAACUUUGCUAAGGGCAGAAAUGGCUAUUAUGAGGGGGCUAAACAUUCAGGUAUUUGGAGGAAAGUGUAGGGAGAUGUCAGAGGUAGGGUUUUUUUUACACAGAGGGUAUUGGGUGUGUGAUACACCCUGUCAUGGAUGGUGGUAGCAGCAGUUACGUUUAGAGAGAAAGUGCAGUGGUAAACAAUAAUAUGCAAGACCACGACCGAGUAGAUUCUGAGGUGAAGAAUCCAUCAAGGGGCCAUUCAAGUCUACAUGACAACGGGAUAGAAGCUGGCCUUGAGCCUGGUGGUAGGUAGCUGCUUUUGUGAGUUCUGCCUGCUCGGAGCGGAGCCGGGGUGAACGUCAGUGACCGAUUCUGAGUAUUCUGUAGUCUUUAACCGGUGUGGUCUCCCGAGGGAGUCAUCGAUCUGUUUCUGCCCGGGACCUCGGUAUCCAGACCACUGAACAAUCUCUGAACCACGCAAUUUGGAGAACAACAUGAAAUUCACCCGAGACGCGUUUCACAAACUUCCAUUUCAGUUUGCUGCAGCUGGUGACUCCCGCUCCCCUCCUCGCAGCUCCUUCCACCUCUUGCCCCUCCUUAACCACGCCUCUUGCUCCUCUCAACCCCACCUCUUUCCCCUCCUCCCCGGUAAUGUCACCGCCCACCCGAAGCUGCCUUGUCUGGGCAAGUCCUGGUCCGGGUGAGUCAGUGGGCAGGUCUCCCGCAGAAAAGCAAGCGACCGGGCAGAAGCUGCAGACAGCGGCGAGCGGAGCGCGGUACCGUCCUGCAGCAAGUUUGGGCAGAGCAGCGAAUACAUGGCAGACCCUGUGGUAAGCAUUGGCGAGAGGCAUCUAUAUGUGCCAGGACAUUGUCUGGCACCUCAACACCAUUCACGAAGUGUUACUUUUAUUAAUGUGACUACAAUGAGUGAAUCCUUUUCCCAAAGGCUGCAGACGCUGGAC